AUGGCUGCGAGUGGGGUAGCGUCAUACGUGCGUCUCGACCGUGAUAAACGCGACCAGAUGGCUUCCGACUGGAUCCUGGGAGUGAAACCCCACGUCGAGCGAGACGUUGCGGCUGGGGCCGAUCGUGACAACAGGAAGUCCGAUGACGUUACCAGCGGACUCAACCGCCGCAGCCGUUUACAUACCGAUGAUCGAUCCUCCCAGGACAACUCCGUCUCAAAUGCGGUUACCCAAGGCCAGCAGUCCCAGCCGGCUCAGCCGGCACAGCAGGGCAAUAACUCUGAACGGCCGCACCGACACCCAAAGCGGCGUCCUUAG